CCCAAGUUUUAAAGGACAGAGUUGUAAAAACUCCCAGGCAGUGGGGAGUUCGCCUCGUAGCCUGUUUAGCCGGAAUCCAACGACACCCCACCGAAACAAAUCCGCCUGGAGCAUCGUAGAGACACACAAACGACGGCAACACCAUUAUUUUAUAUCUCCUUUAGCGAGCUAGUUUAGUGAGCUGAAGCUGUAUGUGAAGCGGACGGUCGUGCAAGAAGGACCUGCUGCGAAUUUCAAUGAUCCAGAACCUGACUCUGUUGAAGGCAGGAUAUCCAUUUCAGCAACAAGCACUUAAUCAGAGUUUCUCCAUUACGCUGAUCACUGCUGCCUUGGAGGUUUUUGCAACGCUCAGAGAAAGCAAUUCUGUGACGGAAAACGAAUCACCCUCACCACUGAAGCAGCUAUGCAGCUUGAAAUCCAAGUAGCACUCAACUUUAUUAUUUCCUAUUUGUACAACAAACUCCCUCGACGACGUGUGAAUAUCUUUGGCGAAGAGCUUGAGAGGCAGCUGAAGAAAAAAUAUGAAGGCCACUGGUACCCGGAUAAGCCAUACAAAGGCUCAGGAUUCAGGUGCAUCCAUGUAGGGGAAAAGGUGGACCCUGUGGUGGAGCAGGCAGCCAAAGAGAGCGGGCUGGACAUCGAAGACGUCCGGAAUAAUCUCCCUCAGGACCUUAGCGUGUGGAUCGAUCCGUUUGAGGUCUCCUACCAGAUUGGGGAGAAGGGACCGGUCAAGGUGCUGUAUGUGGACGAUAACAAUGAGAACGGUUCGGAGCUGGACAAGGAGAUCAAGAACAGCUUUAACCCAGAGGCCCAGGUCUUCAUGCCAAUUAGCGACCCUGUUGGGGCCUCCUCAGAGUCCAGCUCGCCCUCCCCUCCAUUCGGGCAGUCUGCUGCUGUCAGCCCCUCCUUCAUGCCACGCUCCACCCAGCCCUUAACCUUCACCACUGCCACCUUUGCUGCCACCAAGUUCGGCUCCACUAAGAUGAAGAGCAGCGGCCGCGGCAACAACAACAACGGCAACAGUGGUAGUAGCAACAAGGUGGCUCGCACCUCCCCCACCAAUAACCUGGGUCUGAAUGUGAACACCCUACUGAAGCAGAAAGCCAUCUCCACCUCCAUGCACUCACUGUACGGGCUGGGCCUGGGUCAGCAGCAGCAGCAGCAGCAGCAGCAGCAGCAGCAGAAGGCCUCUGCACUCUCCCCCAACGCCAAGGAGUUUGUGUUCCCCAGCCUGCAGGGCCAGGCCAGCCCUGGAGCCGUGUUCCCUGGAGAGGGCUCCCUGGGGCUCAGCCCACUACAGUACAACAAUGCCUUUGACAUGUUUGCGGCCUACGGAAGCCUCAACGACAAGUCCCUAAUGGAUGGCCUCAACUUCAGUCUGAGCAACAUGCAGUAUUCUAACCAGCAAUUCCAGCCAGUCAUGGCUAACUAAACUCAUCGUCAAGAUGCUAUUUAUGAAUGAUGGUGGCUCAAAGAGAAGGAAAAACAAAACGCACAUUUAGAAACUGGACUUUCAAGGAAGUAGUGUGUAGUCAGUCAAGCGCAUGUGCCCAAGGGUGUUUUUACUGUGCCCCCCUUGAGUUUGUUUCUACUAAAAGGCUUGUUGUACAAACAUGUCCAAGCUUGGUUACUUCAAUUCAACAUGCAUCAUUGUUUUUCUUUUUCCUUUUUGCCAACCAAGCACAAAAUAAUUUUUACUAUGUUGAAGAAAAAAAUACUCCAAAAAAGUGGAAAAAAAAAAUACAAGCUUAAAGUUUUGGCCUCCUACAGUAUUUUAAAGGUGGUAAGACAGGCUGAUUUUUAUGAAUUGGCACUACUAAGUGGGGUUACUUGUCUUUUUCUAAUUGUAUAAUUUAAUUUAGUACAGAGUUUGUAAGAUAUCAGAGUAUAUAUUGUUUCUAUGACAUGGUGUUGCAUUUAUAUCUUUUUACUACUCCAGUGAUCUGUGAUGGCUGCAGCAGCUUUUCCUUAUUUUUCUUUUUUUAAAGAUAAUUGUUAAAGAAAUCCAUCUUUAAAAUACAUCAAAUAUUCUAAAGAUUGUGUACAGAGUAUUCCUUAGUGGUGGAAUUCAAGUGUAGGAAUAUUUGCUUUUUCUGAAAGAAGAAUUGUAUUUUCUGUUAAGAGGUUAAAAGAUUUUGCUAUACUAUGGACAAAAUGUAAUCGUAUGAAUAUUAAUUUGUACCUACAUUGUGCAAUACUUGAUAAAAUACGGUAUAACAAGUAUUUUGAGUCAGUGUCUUACAUGUCAAGAGGGACUGAAAAUAGUUUAUAUUGUUAAGUUUGUAUUAAAUGCUUAAAAAUUAUAUGCUUGUCUUUAUUUUUUUAAUUUCAUAUUUGCACCCUGGUCUUUUUAAUAAAAUAAACUACAGUUGAACAUGA